AUGACUGAUGAUGAAUUGAAAAACCUCUACCUUAUUGAGAUUGAGAAGAUACUCAACAGCAAUAUGAGAUCUUUAAGAGACUAUCAAUCAAUGCCAUAUCCUGUGAUGUCUGAUGUUCGCCUUUUUCAGAAUAAGCUAAUAGAGCAUGAUGGGUGUGGUAAGACAUUUAUUUGGAAUGGACUUUCUUCUGCUAUUCGGUCUAGAGAAAAGAUCGUUUUAAAUGUCGCAUCCAGUGGAAUUGCUUCUUUACUCCUACCUGGUGGCAAAACGGCUCAUUCUAGAUUUUCAAUACCCAUUACAAUUACUGAUGAAUCUACUUGCAACAUCAAGCAUGGCAGUUUGAAGGCUGAGCUGCUCAUCCAAAGUAGCUUAAUAAUUUGGGAUGAAGCUCCAAUGCUCAAUAAAAUGUGCUUUGAAGCACUUGAUCGGACGCUCAGAGAUCUUAUGUCAGUUACCGAUCAACAUAAGACACAUCAACCAUUUGGUGGUAAGGUUCUGAAACUGCAUACGAAUAUGAGGCUUCUAAUUUCUUCUUCGGAUCAAGAUGAAGGUGAAAUGAAGAGAUUCGCUAAUUGGAUACUUGAUAUUGGAAAUGGAAAUAUUGACUCUGUUGUUGGUGAUGAAUCAGAAGUUGAAAUUCUAGAUGAUCUAUUGAUUACAACUGCUGAUAACCCUCUCUCUCAUUUGGUAGACUUUGCAUACCCAAAUUUGUUGCAAAAUAUGUCAGAUUACAGGUAUUUUCAGAGUAGGGCAAUUCUUGCACCCACGCUUGAGAGUGUCGAGAAGGUAAACGAUUUUGUCUUGACAAUCUUUCCAGGGAUAGAAAAGGAGUAUUUGAGCUCUGACACAACAUGUCAAGCUGAUGAGAAUGAAGAUGUACAACAACAGUGGUUCACACCAGAGUUCCUAAAUAACAUUAAAUGUUCGGGACUACCCAAUCACAAGUUGACUUUGAAGCGAGGAGUCACUGUAAUGCUACUGCGAAACAUAGACUAG